AAAAUGGUGGUUCCCUUAACUUUAAAUUUUCUAAAAUCUCAAUGGCGCCUUUUCGCAAAUGCUCACCCAUUGGCUAGAGGUUGCAUUUCAUAUGCUGUAAUAUGGCCAACAAGUAGUUUGAUACAACAAACGAUUGAGGGUAGAAAUUUGAAAACCUAUGACUGGAUACGUUGCUUGCGUUAUAGCCUUUUCGGCGCGCUAUACGUGGCACCAACUUUAUAUGGAUGGGUGCGACUCAGUUCUGUUAUGUGGCCACAAAUGAAUCUGAGAGUAGGAAUUGUCAAGGCGGCAGUUGAGCAAAUCUCCUAUGGACCAUUCGCCGGUACCAGUUUCUUUUUCAUUAUGAGUUUGCUAGAAGGUCGUACCCCCAAAGAGGCUGUGCAGGAGGUCAAAGACAAAUUUCCAAAAGCAUUUGAGACUGGAAUUUGCGUUUGGCCAAUAGUGCAGACAAUAAACUUUUCAAUGGUUCCUGAACAUCAUCGUGUGGUUUUUGUUAGUAUUUGCAGCUUAGCUUGGACCACAUUUUUAGCGUAUAUACAAGAAAAGGAUAUGCAUGAAGAAGAAAGAAUUGAUUGGAAGCCAAUAGAUCCUCAAAAAAGCGAUGAAAGUUUAGUUUUAAGAGUAAAACGUGCUUUGGCGCUGUGAAUAUUUUUAAAAAGGGGGGGUACAAAAAACGAAUGUGAUUCAUAAAACUAGUUCAAUACUUAAUAUAUACAAUACGAUAUAUGCAGUGCAUAGUUGAUUAUUGUUGUUAAUUAAUUUUAUUUGUAUGCUUAGUACAUUUACAUAGAAAUAGUGACAAUACCCAUUUAGACGAAUUUUAAAUGCAUUGUGCAACAAUUGAAGCGUGCAUUUAUUUUAAAUAAAAAUAAAUUGUUGUUAAAAUGCCAACACAUACCACGGUCGUUUUAUAUUUCAAUAAAUAGUUUAUGUUUUUGUAUUUUUAU